AUGGAUAAAUCAUGGAUUGGAAAGCCACAGACCUCAAAUGAAUACUUGCUUGGUUUGGAUAAAUUUCUUGAUUUUGCAUUUAAAAAUGCGGCUGUGGAUGAUACAAUCAGAUGCCCAUGUCCCAUGUGUUGUUUUGGCAAGUGGAAAACUAGAGACGAAGUGCAGGAUCAUUUGGUUUGCAAGCCAUUCCCUCAAAAUUAUGUUAUUUGGAAUAUUCAUGGUGAGAAAAAGCUAUUAGAGUCUUCUGGAGAUAGAGUUGUUAUGCAAGAGACGUUCCGUCCAGAAAAUCCAAUAGAAACAAUGAUUAGUGACGCAUUUGGGCAGUAUAGGCAGCAAUCGGCUGAUGUAGGAACAUCUCAACCAUUUGGUUCAACUGAAACAUCAAAUGAGGGGCAUAGGGAGGAUACUGGUGACUUUCGCGACUUUCUCAAAGAUGCAAGUGAAACACUGUAUGAAGGGAGCAAGUAUACAAAGCUAGAGUUUUUAAUAAAAUUGUAUCAUAUAAAGGUCUAUUGUCGAUUAAGUGACAAGGCAAUGACCAUGAUACUAGAUUUAUUGAGAGAUGCAUUUGAAGAUGCAAAGUUACCUCCUUCUUUUUAUGAGGCCAAAAAAACAAUUAGCAAACUUGGCCUUGACUACACCAAUAUACCAGCAUGUCCAAAUAAUUGUAUGUUAUUCUGGGAAGGUGAUUCUGAAUUGGAAGCAUGUAAGCAUUGUGGUACAUCUAAAUGGAAUCCAAACAAGAAAAACAAGCAAGCUGCAAAGGUUUUGCGUUACUUUCCAUUGAAACCAAGGUUGAAAAGGUUAUUUAUGUGUCGCAAGACUGCUGAGCAUAUGAGAUGGCAUGCUUUGGACAGUAACUCAGAUGGGUUGAUGAGGCAUCCAAGGGAUGGUGAGGCAUGGAAGACAUUUGAUCGAACUCACUCUGGAUUUGCUUCUGAUCCUCGAAACGUUCGGUUGGGCCUCGCUAGCGAUGGUUUUAAUCCUUUUGGAACAAUGAGUACUACCUACAGUAUUUGGCCAGUCUUCUUGAUUCCGUACAAUCUUCCUCCUUGGAUGUGUAUGAAGCACACCUCUUUCAUCUUAUCAAUGAUCAUUCCAGGCAAGCAGAUGCCUGGAAAUAAUAUAGAUGUGUACUUACAGCCUCUUGUGAAGGAAUUGUGUGAGUUAUGGAAUGAUGGUGUUGAAACGUAUCCUCUCUGGCUGGAAUACACAUACUGGUUUUGCUUGCCCAACUUGUAA